GUACUACACCUUGUAUAUAGAUAUUAGAUCGGACAGCGGCGGCGGAUCUCUCCAUUGAACGGCGGCUCCCCCACUGAGCCGACCCUACGGUAUAAAACCCAUUUGCCCGCCUCAAUUUGAAACAGUCUACGCACACCGCAUCUCGAGUCACACGCACGUUGUCCGCUCAGUCUCGUACGAUCUUAUAAUAAUCCGCUCGUCUCCUGAAGUCUCCUUGUCUCUUGGAACUUUAUCAUUUUUUUUCGAUUUUUCGAUUACCGUUUUAUUCAAUUCAAAUUUCAUUUUUUUUUUCAAAAGAAAAAAAUAUUCUCUUCUCAUUUUAAUAUUUUGUUUUCAUCAUUAUAUUCAAAAUGACUGUGGAAUCGUUGGAGACCAUCAUGCGCACAAAUCACGCUACUCUGGCACCACGUCAAGAGCGCUCGUCAGUGGAUGCGGCCACCAGACGCCCCCGCAAGACUUUCAAGUACAACAUCAACGCGGUACUCGUCUCGACUUUCUGCAUGAUGUUGUUUUUUUGCUUUCUGUCUAACGCUGGAGCCGCUUCCUUGCGCAAAGAGAGAGCAAUUGCGUCAAUAAUGACUGAGAGUACUACAGCUCCAACCAAAGAAUGCCAUCAAAAUACCCCGUGUGGAUGGGCCAUCUACGUGCCGUUCACCCGCCGUAUCGAUUAUUUCAUGAAAAACACAUGCAUCUGCAACCCGAAUUUGGCGUGUUUGAAGACCGACGAUGAUCUGUCCGUGAACGCGUACGUUUACCGCUGCAAGACAAGACCCGUGACUACUACGGAAAUCAUACCGACGACCAUUUGAGAUUUGAGCCAGGGAUAUACCCUCAGCAACGAAGCCGCGGCCAACAGCACACCACUGGCGUUACUUCGUUACCACUGCAGGUUAAGUAAAUUUUACUCAUCGAUUCCUAUACCAAAUCUGUUUAUGUUCCCGAAAUACAUUAUAUAUAUAAUUUUUCUAAUUAGUUUUAAGAUUUAAUGAGAAGAAAUAUUUUUUUAUGCUUUUAAAGCUUUUUCGUAAUUAAUUUUUAUUUAGGUACUUAUAUUAUAUACUUAAAAAAGAAAAAAAUAUAAAUAAUUAAUAUCAAACCUAUAUGGUUUUAUUUAUCAUAAUUUAUUUUUACACAAUAAUUUAUUAUAUUAAUGUAUUUUACAAUAUUACUAUAUUUUUUCGUACAAAUUUAAGGGCAUUAGGGGACAUUAUUUAACCCGUAUAAGAGGUUCCAUCCUUUAGACUUUAUAUCACAGUAUUUUUAUAUUUUAAUUUUUUUCACUUCUUAAACUUAAGAUUGUAAGUCUAUUGUCUAUAAUAAUAAGUUAAAUUAUUAUUUUGGAGCCUAGCUACUUAACUAUUUAAUUUGUAUUACGACUAACAUUAUUGUAAUAAUAAUUACAAUGUUUAUCUCGUCGUCAUUCAAAUAUGCCGAUUAGAUCAACGUUUUUUUUUUUAUUUUUUUCAAAACACACUAUUAGACAUAAUUAAAAAAACAUACUACUGUUGUUUAAUAAUAUUAUUAUUAAUAUUUAAUAUUUAUUUAUUAUUAUUAUUAUUAUUAUGAUUAUUAUUAUAUUUAUGUUUAUUAUAAUUAUGUCCUCUGGUUUUUUUAAAUUAUUUUAUUACUUUUAAUAAAGAAGAAAAGAUAAGAUUA